AUGUCCUCGGGCAACAAAUCGGGCGAGGGUAAGAGAACCGAUGCCCUCGAGGCCCAUCAGGAAAGACUGAAAGCAGCCACGGACGAUGCGAAGGACAUCGAGGCCGACCUAGCAAGCGUGGUGGAGGAGCACAGCAAGGACGCCAGGGCUGCGUCCAACGAGACAGCCAAAGAUGCUAAAGACUGCGCAGGAGGAUUCGCAGAGCAGAGUGACGAAAAGGUGAGAGGGGUUUCGUCCUCGUCGUCUUGA